AUGGUUCAGCAGAUCCCCAAGGCCAACCACCUCCUCGACCUCUUCAGCCUCAAGGGCAAGGUCGUCGUCGUCACCGGCGCCUCCGGCCCGCGCGGCAUGGGCAUCGAGGCCGCCCGCGGCUGCGCCGAGAUGGGCGCCUCGGUCGCCAUCACCUACUCGUCCCGCAAGGAGGGCGCCGACAAGAACGUCGAGGAGCUGACCAAGGAGUACGGCGUCAAGGCCAAGGCCUACAAGUGCAACGUCGCCGACUACGACGACGUCGAGAAGCUCGUCAAGGACAUCAUUGCCGACUUUGGCCAGAUCGACGCCUUCAUCGCCAACGCCGGUGCCACCGCCAACGCCGGCGUCAUCGACGGCUCCAAGGAGGACUGGGACCACGUCAUCAACAUCGACCUCAACGGCACGGCCUACUGCGCCAAGGCCGUCGGCGCGCACUUCAAGCAGCGCGGCAAGGGCUCCUUCGUCAUCACGUCGUCCAUGUCGGGCCACAUCGCCAACUACCCGCAGGAGCAGACCUCGUACAACGUGGCCAAGGCCGGCUGCAUCCACAUGGCCAAGUCGCUGGCCAACGAGUGGCGCGACUUUGCCCGCGUCAACUCCAUCAGCCCCGGGUACAUCGACACGGGCCUGUCCGACUUCAUCGACCCCAAGACCCAGGAGCUGUGGCGCAGCAUGAUCCCCAUGGGCCGUAACGGCGACGCCAAGGAGCUCAAGGGCGCGUACGUCUACCUGGUCUCCGAUGCGAGCACCUACACCACCGGUGCUGACCUCAUCAUCGACGGUGGCUACACCUGCCGGUAA